UGUUGAGUCGCGCGCCGCCUCGCAGACGGCAGAAGUCAACUAAAGAAUUUCUGGCUCCAGCUGAUUCGGUCGCCAUCUUUGUCACGAACAUAAACAACACCAGCGAGUCGCGUUGGCAUUUUCGGAUGCGGCGCUGUCAUUUCAAAGGAAGCGACCACAGUCUUCUCCAGCUGCUGCGCCGACUUCACCCGCCGGACAUGACAGUUUGAUGCGGUCACCGGAGCCUGAGCCGCGUCGGUCGGAGAUGGGAAUCCAGUGUGGAUUUCCUCAACGGGAGGGAGCGGAGGUUUAAAGAGGGGGGGGCGGGGAGGGCAGCAGCAGCAAGCAAGAGGGGCCUUGCUGCUCGUCAGCCCCGAGGAGAUGGACCAGGAGUACGAGAGGCGGCUGCUGAGGCAAAUCAACCACCAGAACCUGCCCACAGAGGCCCGCCUGUCAAAGUGUGUGAGUGCUACCUGCAGCCCUGUCAGUGUAAAGUCAGGGGACCGCUUCAUUCCCACCCGAGCCGGAAGCAACUGGAGCAUCAACUUCCACUACGCCAACGAGAACUGUCGCUCCCCGAACCAGAACCACAAAGCAAAAGAUGCCAGCUCAGAUUCAAGCAAAGAUGCUGUUGCGUACGCUGCCCUGUUGAGGAAUGAGUUACUGGGGGCAGGGAUAGAGACUGUGCCAGACCCUCACACAGACGAUCGGCGGCAUGCAGUCCUCUCUCAAGACUCUCACAGCCUUUUUAGGUACACCGUCCACACUAAGAGAGUGCCUUUCGAUAGCGAUAACGAAGUCUCACCAUACUCCCUUUCUCCACUUAGUAACAAGAGUCACAAGCUGCUCCGCUCCCCUCGCAAACCAGCCCGUAAGAUCUCAAAGAUCCCCUUCAAAGUGCUGGACGCUCCGGAGCUGCAGGAUGACUUCUACCUCAACCUGGUAGACUGGUCAGCGGGCAACCUGCUGAGUGUCGGCCUGGGAGCCUGCGUCUACCUGUGGAGUGCCUGCACCAGCCAGGUGACAAGGUUAUGUGACUUGUCGGUGGAUGGAGACUCUGUUACAUCAGUUUGUUGGAACGAGAGGGGGAGUCUUGUUGCCGUUGGGACCCAUAAGGGUUACGUUCAGAUCUGGGACGCAGCAGGAGGGAGGAAGCUGACCAGUCUGGAGGGUCACUCAGCACGUGUAGGUGCUCUGGCAUGGAACGGCGAGCAGCUGUCGUCGGGGAGUCGGGACCGAGUGAUCCUGCAGCGAGACGUCAGAACACCUCCAACUGCUGAGAGGAGGCUACAAGGUCACAGACAGGAAGUGUGCGGUCUCAAAUGGUCUCCAGACCACCAGCACCUCGCAUCCGGAGGCAACGACAACAAGCUCCUGGUGUGGAACAGCUCCAGCCUUCUCCCUGUGCAGCAGUACAGUGACCACCUGGCAGCGGUGAAGGCCAUCGCCUGGUCGCCACACCAACACGGGCUGCUAGCAUCAGGUGGAGGCACCGCCGACCGCUGCCUGCGCUUCUGGAACACGCUGACGGGUCAGGCGCUGCAGAGCACAGACACCGGCUCCCAGGUCUGCAACCUGGCAUGGUCCAAACACGCCAACGAACUGGUGAGCACUCACGGCUACUCUCAGAACCAGAUCCUGGUGUGGAAGUAUCCAUCACUAACACAAGUGGCCAAGCUGACAGGACACUCCUACAGAGUGUUGUAUCUGGCUGUCUCACCAGAUGGGGAGGCUAUCGUUACAGGAGCCGGGGAUGAGACACUACGUUUCUGGAAUGUCUUCAGUAAGACACGCUGCACCAAGGAAUCCAAGUCAGUGCUGAACCUCUUCACGAGAAUACGAUAAUGAACCCGGCUCCGGGGUCAGGACUGCUUUUUGUGAGGAGCCUGCUGAGCUGUGUUUUGAAACACACGAACAACACUCACAAAGACUGGAUCCUUCUCAUCUCAGCACCACGUGUGCACCAACCACCACUACAUCGAUCCUUCUCACAUCCACUUUUUCUACAGAGGAUCCCAACUUCCAACGACAACUGCCAUCCCUCACAGUGACGUCACUGAAUAAAACGAACAUUAGUCUGUCGUCAGGACACGUCGUCUGCUUAAAAAAAAAAAAAAAAGUCUUGUUUUUUUGUUUUCUUUUCUGUUGUGAAAGUGAUGAAAUUGUUUUAUUAUAUAUUAGCAGAAGCAUACAUGUACAAGAGUUCUAAGCUAUAUAAUGUAACGACGACACAUUUUUAAAAGGCUCUCCUUUGCGGAGAGAGAAGAAGAAGAAGCCUGGCUCGGGUGGGGGCGGGGUGGGGUUUCUAUAUUUUGAUAAUGUGUGAGUAUGAUCUGCGAGCAGUAUACAACAGAAGAGAAACAAUAAAUAAGUGAAGACACGCACACACACAGUU